AUGCCUCGAGUUUACAAAAGGCCCCGAAGACGGAUUGCUUCGACGAUACUGAAAUAUUUGACUAUUUUUGCCACAAUAGCAUCUCUAUCAGUGUUCUUUAUCGGUGUUCCAAGUAAGAUAUUUGCUUCAGAAAAGCUUGAUCAUCUAUUUAUUUUCAAAACCAAAGAUGUCUCCGUUGCAGGCAUUGAUUUGGGAUCUGGAACCGUCAACCUCACCGUUUCAGGAACAGUGGUGAAGAAUUACACUUAUAGCAACCCAUUCUUGGUAAAAACGUCUCAUUUGGUUAAGGAGGUGAAUGUUCAAACAUCUGAGAUAGAACUGUUUGGAGACGUUGAAAGGUCUGUUACCAAGCUAGGAAAAGCCCAAGUCCAGCCCUUUGAACUGAAUGUCGAAUACGGCAAGGAACAAGAUAUUCAAUGGAUAGUGACCGUGAAGCCCAAAGUCAGGAAAAUGAUAUCAAUCAUAGAGAAGUUAGUUGAUGAUCCCGAUGCUUCAUUGAGGUUACGAGGAGACACGUUGGUAAAACUUAGUCUUUUUAAUGGUUACCUUCCGUUAUUCAGGUUCAAAAUUUAUUUGGACGAGACUAUCUCCAUUGAUUGA